GCAAUCCCUUAUGCUAACUUCAUUUUUAAUUCCAUUCCAUUUGCACAGGAUGGCCACCAGACCAAAACGUAGGAAACGUACAAGUGCUACAAUUGUGUCACCAGAGGACCCUCCCUCAUCCAGUGCUGUACAGCCUGACCCGUCGACUCCGCUUCCAACAUCAAUGAUGGAAAAUAUGGUCAGCUCCUGUCUGGCGGCAAUCACCCCAACGUUAAAAGAAACCGUUCAGCAAUGCAUAAAGGACUUUCAUGACAAAUCCAACCAAGAGGCUAGCUCUGCGGCAGAUUCACAAAUCUCACUACUUGAAGAACUAACCACCCCACCACAAGGUAAUUCGUGUAGCACACCAGCAUCUUCUUCUAUUUCCCUCACCUUAGGAGUAGAUGAUAAACUUCGAAGGAGUAUCCAUGAGGGGCAAUAUGUGAAGUUUGCUUCUUUGCUCCCACCAGACAACGAAUCUACUGAUAAUCGGUACCGUUCACUGGAAAAAGAAGGUCAACUGAUUUUUGUUAAGCACAAUGAAAAGCAUUCAAUACCCAACAUGCCAAAAUGGAUGGAAGCAUUCCACAUUUUUGUGGCGGUAUAUUCGGAGAAAUUCCCACAGGAAAUAGGUAGUUUAAUGACCUAUGCCCAAACUAUCCAAAAAAUUGCAAAUACCUGUGGAGACCAAGCAGCACUCUCUUAUGACGAGAAGUUUAGGAAAUGGAGGGAAAAGGACUCUGCUGCUUGCCCCUGGCAUCAGAAGAACGUUGAGUUGUACCAGGAGGCUGUGGUUAUGGGCCUAGACUUUAAACUACACAGCAAGAAACAGCAGCCCUUUCGUGCCCAAACCAGACAUAAAUACUGCUUUUCCUAUAAUAACAAUGGGUUUUGUUCCAGUGGAAACGCCUGCCCCCAUCCUCACGUCUGCCAAUAUUGUGCCGGAAAACACCCUCGGAAAUCUUGUACCAGACCAAAGACUACCAAGCAACAAAACCCUCGAUAUAAUGCAUCUACCAGACAACCAAUUGUCAAUCGAAAACCUGAAGAUCAGUACACCAAUAAACCCUAAAUUAUUAGCAAAUUUCCUUAAAGGCUACGAUGCAGAUCUUGCAUCAUUCUUGACGACAGGCUUCACCUUUGGAUUUAAAAUACCUUACCAAGGGCCACGGUCAUUCAGAUUGUCAAAAAACUUAUCGUCUAUAAAUGGGAAGGAAAGCAUUCUUCACCAACGCAUUUCCAAAGAGUUAAAAUCAAAGCACAUCGCGGGGCCUUUCGAAUUCCCUCCUUUUCCUAACAUACAAGUGUCCCCCCUUGGCUUAGUUCCUAAGAAAACACCUGGUGAAUUUAGGUUAAUACAUCAUUUAUCCUUUCCAGAAGGCAGCUCGAUUAAUCAUUAUAUUCCACAACAGUUUUGCACUGUCCAAUACCAAUCAAUUGACACCGCUAUUAGUAUUAUCCAGCGAUUGGGAAAAGGAACUCUCCUGGCCAAAACAGACCUUGAAAAUGCAUAUAAACAGAUUCCAAUCCAUCCAGAUGACUUUGAACUCCUCGGUUUUAUGAUUGAUAAAAAAUAUUAUUUUGACAAAACCCUUCCCUUCGGAUUAAGCUAUUCUUGUAACUUAUUUGAAAAAUUCAGCACAGCACUUCAGUGGAUUUUGGAGACAAAGUUUUCCGUUCAGCAUUGUGUGCAUCUAUUGGAUGAUUUCUUAUUCCUUGGCCCACCCCAGUCCUCUUCUUGCUAUAGUUCAUUAAUGGCAUUCUAUAUUUUAGCAAAAGACAUUGGACUCCCUAUCAAUGCUUCAAAAACUGUCUACCCUUCCACAACCCUGACUUUUUUGGGUUUAGAGUUAGAUACAGUGCUGUUUGAAAUUAGAUUGCCUCAGGACAAAUUAAUACGCUUAAAACAACAAUUAGCUAAACUCCAAAACAGACGAUCAGUGACACUUCUUGAAUUACAGUCUCUUAUAGGAUUACUGAACUUUGCUUGCAACGUAGUUCCCCCGGGUCGUACCUUUUUGAGACGCUUAACAAACCUUACUAUAGGUUUGUCUAAACCAUACCACCAUACCAGACUUAACUUGGAAGCUAGAGCUGACCUCAAAGCUUGGCAGAUAUUUUUAGAUAAUUUCAAUGGCAAAGCUCUGUUUGUGUCAAAUAUCACACAUACACCCUCAUCCCUGCAUUUUUUCACUGAUGCGAGUAACGCAGGUUUUGGAUGUGUAUAUAGAACAAAAUGGUUUUUUGGUGCAUUCGCCCCUGAAUGGCUCGAAUAUCAUAUUUCUGUACGUGAAUUUUUACCAAUUGUUCUUGCUUUAGAAAUAUGGGGAUCUAGUCUUAAAAACUGCACGGUAAUCUUGCACUCAGAUAAUAUGGCUGUCGUCCAAGUGAUAAAUAAAAACACUUCUAAGGACUCUUGCCUUAUGAAACUUAUGAGACGACUCAUGAUUUUAUCCCUCUCUCAUAAUGUUCAUUUUAUUGCUGAACAUAUUCCAGGCAAAUCAAAUAAAGCUGCGGAUUUACUUUCUCGCUUACAGGUGGACGAAUUCAAAGCUCAGUUUCCUUUCAUGGACAACGAACCCACCCAAGUCCCACAGGAGUUAGUUCAUCUCUAAGUGCCACAACAAAUAUGUUAUUACAAAACUCACUGUCGCAGUCAACCAUAGUUUCAUACCAAUCAGCUUUCCAGUCUUAUAAGCAAUUUCUGGUGCAAACUUUUGGAGAACAAGUACAACUCUUACCACCUUCAGUUCAGCACAUGUCAGCAUUCAUCGCCCAUUGCUUCCAGAGUAACUUGGCAGCAUCUACAACCAGAACUUUGAUAUCGUCUCUUAGCUUUAUAUUCAAAUUGGGGGAUUUUUCGGAUGUAACCCAACACUUUAUAAUAAAGAAAAUGCUUCAAGGCUACCAGAAAUGCAAACCCUCGAUGGAUGCCAGACUACCAAUCACUCCUUUGAUAUUAGGGAAACUUGUUAAUGCACUUGAACAUACGACAUCAUCUCCAUUUUUAAGAGCUCUUCUACGUGCAAUGUUUAUUCUUGCCUUCUGUGCCUUUUUACGCGUAGGGGAAAUUACUAAAACUGGUAAUGCUAACCAACAUUUCCUCAAAUUUGGUGAUAUCUGUGUUAGCCAAGAUGUGAGAGUCCGAAAAUUUAUUGAUGUCAAUAUUCCACACUUCAAACAUUCGAAAUCACACCACACAACCCUGCGACUACAGGAGAAUACUUCAACUCCUUACCUCUGUCCUUACCAAGCUGUGGUGCGCUACCUUGACUUGAGGAAACAUUCUUCUUGCGCUGAACCACUUUUCUCUUUUUUGGAUGGUAAGCCAAUUACCCGUCAUUAUUUUACACAACAGAUGCAAGCAGCAUUAUCUUUCUGUGAUCUUAAUCUACAUAAUUAUCAUACACAUAGUUUUCGAAUCGGAGCGGCAUCUACAGCUGCUGCCAAGGGUUUUACAGAACUACAAAUCCAGACUAUGGGACGAUGGAACUCUAACGCAUUUCGGAAAUACAUUAGAAUCCCAACUCUACAGUUAUGAAAACUUUCUUCAUCCAGAUCUUGAAGACAGGGGCUUCAGAUCAAUGACAAACACAUAUUUUUACUACCACACAGUCAAGGGCUGUUGGUCUUUUUCACUGUUUUAUUGUGUUUUGGUAUGGGGCGUUAACAAGACAGCCUAGUUUUGGCUUGGGAACUAGCUAACAAAACAUAGCCUACCUUGUUACGGUGGCAGAUGAACGCCCCAUUUUCUCAGGUCUUUUAUGUAUAUUUGAUACUUUUUUAUUGACUAGUCCUUUUGUUAUGCCAAUAUGUGCCAAUGAUAUACGUAAUACUAGUUAUGGCAUAUGAGAGUAUAUCUUUGUUUGUUCUUGCUUUAUAUUUUGCAAUGUUUUUAAUUUGAACAAGUAAAGGACUCUGUCAUUGUUAGUUAUAUAUAUGUAUAUAUGUCUUGUAUAUAUGUUGCUUUAUAUAAUGUCAUUUAUUUACUUAAUAAAUGACCUUUUUACCUUUAUAUGAGUUGAAGUAUUUUUCUUGGCAGGCUGACAUAAAAACAGUUUAUGUCAGUAAAAUGUUUAUGUAAGCUGCCAAAUACAUCAUCUGCUUUACACGUGGGUCAUUGUUUAUGUUUACACUGGUGAAUAUUUUUAGCAUGACUAGGCAUGCGCAUUCAGACCAAUUAGGUAAUUUUAGCUAUGCGCAUGCGCAUUAAUCCAUUCUUUUGUUAUUGUUUUCGCACUAACCGCCACCCACCCCUCCUCCUUAUGUCAAAUUUUUGUCUAUGUGUUCGGCAGAUGAACGCCCCAUUUUCUCAGGUCUUUUAUGUAUAUUUGAUACUUUUUUAUUGACUAGUCCUUUUGUUAUGCCAAUAUGUGCCAAUGAUAUACGUAAUACUAGUUAUGGCAUAUGAGAGUAUAUCUUUGUUUGUUCUUGCUUUAUAUUUUGCAAUGUUUUUAAUUUGAACAAGUAAAGGACUCUGUCAUUGUUAGUUAUAUAUAUGUAUAUAUGUCUUGUAUAUAUGUUGCUUUAUAUAAUGUCAUUUAUUUACUUAAUAAAUGACCU